UCCAAUACCAGACCCUAAACGUGGAGCACAACCACAUAUCACACCUGACGGGCGGCAUAUUUACAUCGAUGACAACACUACGCAAACUGCAACUCUCGCACAACAAGAUCAUCGCCAUCAACGACAACGCCUUCGUAGGGCUGGACAUGUUGGAGGAGCUGCACGUGGAGGACAACAGUCUGGUACGGGUGCCCGCCAUCGCUCUCCAGUCGCUCAAACGCAUAGCCAUUAUACGUAUGGACAACAACCCUAUACAACAAAUCACUACCGGUGACUUUGGGCACCUGCCGGCCAACACCAUAUCGCUGACCCGGUGCUCGCACAUGACCCUCAUCGACCGGUACGCCUUCUGGGAUCUGCCCAACCUGUACUCACUGGCCCUACACAGUAACCCCCGACUGGCCUUUAUUGAUGGCCAGGCGUUUGUGGGCCUACCACUGCUCCAGUCGGUAGAGCUGUACGGCUGCGGUCUUAAGACAAUUCAAUACGAUAUCGUUCACAAUAUUCUGGGCAAUGGCUUCACGAACGGCGCGAUAGGAGGUGUCGGAGCGAACGGCGGCUCCGGUCGACAGCACAGCACCGCCACCGCAGCCGUUGAACACCACAGUAAGCGCCGGUCGAUUGCCGCCAGUUUAAUGGGAAAUCCGUUUGUCUGCGAUUGUAAUGUCAAGUAUUUAUAUGAGUGUCUUAUCGAUCAACACAACUGUUCAUUGAGUAUCGAAAGCCCGGAGCGUGUGGUCUGUGCCGAACCUCCGGCGCUGAACGGCACCCAAAUCUCGCGGCUAAACAUUACGGCCAUCGCCGACGAGUGCGGCCCACGACUGGUCGCUGUGAACGACCCGAACGUAACCGUACACAAGAAGAUCGGCGAUCGGCACCAGUUUCAGUGCCGAGCGCUGGGCGUACCCCAGCCUCGCAUACACUGGAUUCUGCCCACGGGUCAGGUG